AUGAGCGCCUCUACGCAGGUUGCCCGCCGGGCGCUGGUCGUCAACCCUUUCCUGGGCACUGGUCGUGCGCUUCCUAGGUCCGCACUCCUCGCUUCCUCCAUUCACCUCGCACGCAAUGCACAAAGCUUCGGCCCGGCUUCCGCGCUGCUCAUCCCGAUCCGGACCCUGACCACCCCGGGGACAAGCACCCAUGGCCCGCCCGGCGGCCCGCCUCCGGGGUUCAAUCCGGAAGAGGCUAAGAAACCACUCCCGAGAGACCCCGCCAGCAAUUCGAAGCCCGCAGCCAAAGCGAACGGGAAACAGGCCAAGACCGACAGCGCGGUGAAGCCAACCACCACUUCCAAGGCGAUCAAGGCGGCUUCGGAGGGCUCGGACGCCUCGCUCGCCCAACUCGCGGCCCAGAAGGAGACCGCAGUCGAGAAGACGGAGGGCGACAGCAAGAAGGAUGAGAAGAAGCUGACGCUCGGUCAAAAGAUCAAGAAGGAGGCGCAACACUACUGGGAUGGCACCAAGCUGCUGGCCGCGGAGGUCAGGAUCAGCUCACGCCUGGCGCUCAAGAUGGCCGCCGGGUACGAGCUCACCCGGAGAGAGAACCGCCAGCUACAGCGGACCGUCCAGGAUCUCGGCCGGCUCGUUCCCUUCUCGGUCUUUGUCAUCGUUCCAUUCGCCGAACUCCUGCUCCCCGUUGCCCUCAAGCUCUUCCCCAACAUGCUGCCCAGCACGUACGAGGGACAGAAGUCUAAGGACAAGAAGGCGUCCACGCUGCGGGCCACCCGCCAGGAGGUUAGCGACUUCCUGCGUCAGACCUUGAAGGAGACCGGGCUGCCCUUGACGCAGGCCACGGCACAAAAGGAGGAGUUCACCAACUUCUUCCGCAAGGUCCGCGCCACCGGCGAGAAGCCGACGGCCGAGGACGUCAUCAAAGUGUGCAAGGUGUUCAAGGAUGACUUGACUCUCGACAACCUGUCGCGCCCGCAGCUGGUGUCCAUGUGCCGGUACCUUAACCUUAACACGUUCGGCACCGACAUGAUGCUGCGCUACCAGCUCCGCCACCGCAUGCGGCAGAUCAAGCGUGACGACCACGCCAUCGCCUACGAGGGUGUCGACUCCCUCUCGGUGGCCGAGCUCCAGAUGGCCAGCGCCAGCCGCGGUAUCCGAAGCCACGGUGUGUCCCCCUCGCGCCUGCGGGAGGACCUGCAAACCUGGCUCGACCUGCGCCUGCGCGAUGGCGUCCCGUCGACACUCCUAGUUCUGAGCAACGCGUACAUGUACGGGCAGAGCCAGCCUGAGGAGGGCGUCUCGAACCAGAUCGAGGCGCUGACAGGCGUGCUGUCGUCGAUCCCCGAAGAGCUGUUCCACGAGAUUGAGCUCGAGGUGCACAACGCCGAGGGCGCCGCCACCAACAAGCAGCGGUUGGAGGUGCUCAAGGAGCAGCAGGAGUUGAUCGACGAGGAGCUCGAACAGGACCAGGAGAACCAGGCUACUGGGUUUGCUACGCCUCGUGAUACCGAGAACAUCGACGAGAAGGAGGUGCGCCAGGCGCGUGCUGAGGCCGAUCCGACCUUGGAGAAGAUCCAGGUCAGCGAGGCGGUUGAUGCGGAGAAGGACAUGCUUGCUGCCGCGAAGGUGGAGAAGCAGGUCGAGCAGCGCGAGGCCGCUGCUUCUGCUUCAGCCCCGGUCUCGAAGCCCAAGUCCAGCCGCAAGUAA